AUGCCACCCCUUCCCCUCGAUAUGGCUUCAACGCUGGUCCCCGAGAUCAUAAUCCAAAUCUUGAAUCACUUCGAGACUGUGGAAGAAGUUGUGGUCUGCGCUUCAGCAUGCAGGCGGUUGCAUGGUGUGUGGCUAUGCCAUGCUCCUCAGGUAAUAUGGACUAUUGCGCAGAGGCAAAUCCUGGCAUUCAACGAUGCCUUGAUGGCGGUUCGCGCAACAAAAAUCGUGCUUGAAAGCUUUGAGAAAGAAGAAUUACCCCCAGACCCGUUCCCCCUUUCUACUUUGAGUGGUGCCGUUCGCAAACCGUCGAUCAGCGAAUUCCAACAGGUGCGCGACUUUGAGCAUCUGGCCAAAUGUGCCGAACAGAUCUUUGUCGAAGAAGGGCGAGGCUUGAAGGAUGAAAUACGAAAUGACCAGCCGGACGGCGCUACACUGUGGGUUCGAUGGAGAGAGCGAUUCCACAGUUCUAUCUACCGCGUCCUCCUGGCGGGCGCCAUUCUCUCUCGUGCAUACCAGGAACCGAUGUAUUUUGCGGCAGAGUGGGGACUACCGAAUUUUCUGGAGAAGUACGUGGAGGCAUUGGCAUCUGGUGGCAUGUCGGGCGAGCCUGUGGGUGGAGACGAGCUCGAUUAUCUCGUGACCUUUGCCCCCUACAAUCUUGGAGAGAGUGGACGCAUUCAUGGGAGCUUCAGGGCUCUUGGAGAGUUUUUUGUUCAGCAAGGCAAGACGCGCGCGCACCAGUCUAACCUUCACGAGCAAACCACCGCGAUCCUUCCCCCUUUCGCAGCGCCGCAAGCCCUUAGUCGCUCGGAGGCGGCUGUUGUGUUCGUCGAACUGGGUCAGCUGUUUUUUGCCUUGGAGGUUUUGACGGGCAUUCAGGACAGGCAACCAAUCAUUGUCAAUGGGGACGGCUCCGAUGAACAUGGGAGAACUAGAAUUGCCCCGGAUCUUCUCUACAAGCCUGCCAGAACGACUCCUGUUGUGCUAUUUGGGACCUUCUUUCCGGAGUAUAUCGCGAUGGGCGUGGACAUCGACGCGGAGACGCUUGUGUCGCUGGCGGAACAACCGAAUCUCGUGGGGUGCAAGCUUACCUGUAACGAUAUGGGAAAGCUGAACCGGCUUGUUGCGGCUGUGAGGCCUGCAACGGCUGCAGAGCGGGGUUCGGGGUUUAUGUGCUUUGGGGGCUCGGCGGAUGCAACACUGCAGACGUUGGUGGGUGGUGGGUCGGGAGUAGUUGCGGGAUUGGCGAACAUUGCGCCUAAGGCGUGUGUGAGACUGGUUGAGCUGUAUCAUUUGGGGGAGAUGGAGGAAGCGAGGAGGCUGCAGGGGGUGGUUGCGAGGGCGGAUCGAGUGGCUAACCAGGGCGGGGUCGGUGCUGUCAAGAGUGCAUUGAGAGUAUGGUUUGGUUACGGAGGAUAUGCCCGGAGGCCAUUGCGGGGGACAGAAGAGGAGGAAAAGAGAGAGAGUGGUGCAGAGGGGCUAAAGGAGGUGGUGGAGUUGGAGAAGCGACUGUAG